UUCGGGCUCGGGGUGUAGACGCGGCUUCCGGGCCAUGGCGCAGAGGCAGGAUCCGGGAGGGAGUCCUGGGCCCGGCCCGUCGGUGCUGUUCCUACACCCAGAUCUGGGCGUCGGCGGCGCCGAGCGGCUGGUGCUGGACGCGGCGCUGGCGCUGCGGGCGCGCGGGUGUAGAGUGAAGAUCUGGACAGCACACUAUGACCCGGGCCACUGCUUCGCUGAAAGUCGCGAGCUACCCGUGCGCUGCGCUGGGGACUGGCUGCCGCGCAGCCUGGGCUGGGGCGGCCGCGGUGCUGCGGUCUGCGCCUACGUGCGCAUGAUCUUCUUGGCGCUCUACGUGCUGUUCCUCGCAGAUGAGGAAUUCGACGUGGUUGUGUGCGACCAGGUGUCUGCCUGUAUCCCAGUGUUCAAGCUGGCCAGACGGCCUAAGAAGAUCCUGUUUUACUGUCACUUCCCAGAUCUGCUGCUCACCCGGAGAGAUUCUUUUCUUAAAAGGCUAUACAGGGCCCCAAUUGACUGGAUAGAGGAAUACACCACAGGCAUGGCAGACUGCAUCUUGGUCAACAGCCAGUUCACAGCUGCCAUUUUUAAGGAAACCUUCAAGUCCUUAUCUCACAUAGACCCUGAUGUUCUCUACCCAUCUCUGAAUGUCACCAGCUUUGACUCAACUGUUCCUGAAAAACUUGAUGACCUAGUCCCCAAAGAAAAAGAAUUCCUGUUUCUCUCCAUUAACAGAUAUGAAAGGAAGAAAAAUCUGUCUUUGGCACUAGAAGCCCUAGUACAGCUACGUGCACGAUUGACAUCUCAAGAUUGGGAGAGGGUUCAUCUGAUCAUGGCAGGUGGUUAUGAUGAGAGAGUCCUGGAGAACGUGGAACACUAUCAGGAAUUGAAGAAAAUGGUCCAGCAAUCUGACCUUGGAGGAUAUGUGACCUUCCUGCGGUCCUUCUCAGACAAACAAAAAAUUUCACUCCUCCAUAACUGCACAUGUGUGCUUUACACACCAAGCAAUGAACACUUUGGCAUUGUCCCUGUGGAGGCCAUGUACAUGCAGUGUCCAGUCAUUGCUGUUAAUUCUGGUGGGCCCUUGGAGUCCAUCAUCCACAGUGUCACAGGGUUUCUGUGUGAGCCUGACCCCUUGCACUUCUCAGAAGCAAUAGAAAAGUUCAUCCGUGACCCUUCUUUAAAAACCACGAUGGGUCUAGCUGGAAGAGCCAGAGUGAAGGAGAAGUUUUCUUCUGAAGCAUUUACAGAACAGCUCUACCAAUAUGUCACCAAACUGCUAGUAUAAUCAAAUUUUUUAAGCUCUAUGAUACAGUUUUGGAAAAAAAAAAAAGUAGAAAUCCAGAAUCUAGCACAGAAGAGAUUUUUUUAAUAAACCCAAGUCUUGAAUGUGAGCUCUUCUUCCUAUAUACCACAAAUCCCUGUCUCAGAAAAAUAUUAUGCUAUGUAUAUGCAGUGCAUACUAUCCUGUAUCUUUUAUGCUAUCAUCAAUCCAAGUCUUACCAGUAUGAAAUUUUAAAAAGUACAAAUCCAUCUUCAGCAAAAUAUUGUAAUUAUAUUUUCUCUGGAUUAUUGUUUCUCUGCAUGUGAAUUUUGAAUUAUAUUAUGCCUUAAUUGGUUUUGAUGGUUUAAGUAUAUCAUCAUCAAAGUUCAUUAAUUUGAUUUUACGGCAUAAUGAGAACAGGGUUACUGUAGUGUUAGGAAAUUUUGUUAGACUUUUGUCUAAAUUCACAGCAAGAGUGCUCUAUUUUUUGUUUUUAUUUUUUUACAAAGAUGAUAUUGUAUUUUUGCACACUGAGACAUGACAAUAAAAAAUUUUUAUCAAAAGAGGAGACAAAAGAUUAGGUUUUGGCUUCCUUGAUCUGUGUUGGUGUUAGAAAUAUAGGUAAGAGCCAAACCUGAAAUUAGAAAGCUGAGUAAACUGGAUGUUGACCGAAGAGGUCACAUUGUCACAACGUGCAACAUGCACUUUGUUUAGGACCUGUUUCCUGAUGUUGUCUGAGUUCCAGUUUUGUUAAUAUCUGUUAUAUUAACUAGGUUCCUACUAAGUAAACAUAGUACAUAAUUAUCUGUCAAGGCCUGGCUUAAAUGCCACUGCUGUGAAGUUUGCCUUGACCCUCCACUUACCUCUCAAACUGGAGGUAAUGUCCCUUUCAUAUAUUCUAGGACUCUAACCAGUCCUAGAGUUCAGUAUUCACCUAUUGGUCUAAGUACAAAUAGUAAACAAAGCAAAAUUUUCAGUGUAUUUAAAGAUAGAUUAAUUUUUUGAAAACUAGCAAAUAUUACUAGUCAAAGGCUCCAUGUUAAUCAUCUCUUAAGAGCACAAAUUGAGAGCCAACAGCCUGUAUGGCCUGAGGAAAAGUUAUCUCUGCACCUCAGUUUCUUUAUCUAUGGUAAAUAGGAUAAUUGUCCUGUCAUACUUUCCUCAUAGUGUGAUUAUGACAGAUUUCAAUAAUUUAAAGUACUUAAUAGUUGGUACAUAAUGUUAACUGCUGCUAUUUUGCAAUUUGGGGAUAUGGAAAUUAUUACAAGUUUUAUGUAGGUUCAUUCCACACUACCAUAUUUUGGGGGAUUCUUUAGAGGUUGAAAUUUAUUCAUCAUGUGCAUCUGUAUCACAAGAGUAUUUUAUCCACAUAACACCACCAAAAGGCGUUCUACAAAGUGAAGUGCCAAAUCAAUUCCAUUUUCUUUGGCAUUGUGAAAGUUCACCACCCAGUAAACUAGGUGAUUCCCCA